AUGGGAAACAGUAGUUCACAUCACACUGCAGCGGUGGCUCAGGAAAUGGGUCGCGGAUGGACCCAGUCCUUUCCGAGAGAGCUCACCAGGCAUCAUCAUCAUUCCCAGGCUCCUGGACACAAAGUUUUACCCGAACCGCCGAAUCAGCGGCUCAGGACGACUAACAAUGGAAAUAUUAUUCAUAAUGGUGGGACUAUUAGUGGUCGAAGACCCUCGGCGUUUACUCUUCCCCAUGAUCUUAAUAAGCAAGGAAUAUACAGGAGUAGAAGCACUUCAACCUCACACUUGGGCGAACCUCGACCGCGCAAUGACUUGGGAACCCAGCACUGCUGCGCUGGUCAUUACCGUCCUUGCGACGGUACCUGCCGUGAAAAUGAAAUGAUAGAAAUAAAGAGAUUUGGAAGCGAGCCAGACCUCCGGUACUCUCCGGAAUCGCGACACCCGCCGAUGGACCGUCACUCGGGCUACCAUUAUCCUGAGCGUGAGUCCAGAGAACGGGAGAGCAGAUACCGCGGAAAAAAGAAGUACAAAGCCCCAGCACCGCCUCCGAUGAACGCCGACGGGUCUUCGCCAGACUCCUACAAAUGGGAAGUUAUCUCCCCAGAGCGUGACAACUGCUGCCGGCAGGAAGAGGAGCCCAGCUCAAGAGGUAUAAAGCCGCCGCCUCGUAAAUCCCGGCUGUUUAAAACUCGUGCCGAGACUAAGCGUCAACAAAGCAGCUGGAAUCCAUCCGCCCAGCAAGACUGCCCGGACAAUAUUAUUGAAAGUGAAAGAGAAAGACGGUGGGUUAAUGACAGACACCAGCAGCAUCAAUCUCACCAGCAUUUAUCUUCCCUUUCUAAUGGCAAGGAAAAUGGCAGACCCUGGAGAGAGUACCACGAACAAGAUGACCACGGUCAAUGGACGAGGGAUGAACGGAGGAGCUCCAAGAAAUUCGACGGAAAGAAUACUCUUCAGAGAAGUCUCAGCAGUCCCGAGUUCCAGGCAGAGCUGAUGCAGGUAGCGAAAAAGGUUCGCAAUAAACUAAACUAUAAUCGACGCGUGGGUCCCGUCGGCGCCCCCAACGAGCUCAAGCAUGAAAACCAAUUAUCUAAGUCGACGACAUUUAUUGAUGCACGCAAGAACAACCUCGGGGACAAAAAAUACUCGAGAUCCAAGCAGUCCCAGGCGCAGGAGAACGCCGGCGUAAAUAAUGACUCCCGAGUUGAUAGACGUAAAAGCAGAAGUAUGGAGCAGUUUGAUAAUAAAUGUCAGGAGGUUAGAACUUGCUCAAGAUUCUACGAGGAAAGAACCUUCCAGGAACAGCGCUCUAGAGGUGAGAAUAGAGUAAUUAGGAGUCAGGAAACCCGCUCCUACGAGGAAAGGAGAAUGGAUAGCCCUCGCGGAGUCCAUAAUUCAGGCGGUUCUGCUGUUAAUGGAGAAAAAUCUACCGAGCACGUCGACGAGCGCUUGGAAAAUAAUCCCAGGAGACGCAAGGUCUUGGAAAAGUCAACGACCUAUGAGGAAAGCGUGGUCACUACCAAUGAGUCCAACCAGAGGAAGAUCCUCAAUGGCAGGCUCGAGGACUUUCACCACGAGGACCGGCGGAAAGAGUCUCAGUUUGACAGGAGGAAUUCCAACAACAGAGCCACUGAGAUUCUGGUCUCGAAGAUCACCAAGAAGAGCGAGGAGACAGGGGAGCACAUGAGGACCAGGUCCGAGAGUCCUGCGAUGCUGAGAAUAGGCGUCAGGGGUCAAGGAUCCGGUCGGGAGAGCACGCCAGAACCUCCAAGGGCCAAAGAGAACAAGGUCAUCUCUGGCUCGGGCUCUGGUGUCGCUCCUGAGAACCCCAGGAGAAAAAGAACUGAUGUCAAGGACAUGAAUUAUAGAGACUGCGAAAAAAGAUGGUCGGAGAGUAAUCCCGCUAAGACCGAGCGGGAGAGAGAGAAAAUAAAAAUAAAAAAUUGUGAAAAGAGCAUUGUUAAAGAGUCUAAGGAAGUCGUGGAGAAGACUUCUCAUUGGAAUUUGAGUAAUGGCGUGUCACCCAAGUCUAAACAAACAACGACAACCACAACUACCAAGACCUUUUAUACCCAAGAUAAAGAUUACACGGGUUCUUCGCACCACCAACAGCUUCACCAGCAACAGAUGACUGACAACCAAGGGGAAGAUAUUGCGCUAAAAUUACGGCCGACUUUGCCGAAAAAACAGCUGGAGAUACCGCGAUUCUCCCCAUCAGCUGCCUGGAGAUUGUUAUCUGCUCAAGAGACACCAGGCCCGAAUAUGAGCACCGCCAGCGAGGAGAUUCCGGUGAUGUACGAGGAGCGAAUUGAGCGGCUCGCGAGACCACCGCGACCUUUAAUUGCCAUGGGACCGAGAAGUUCUCACGACAAGUCUGGAGACUCUGGAGUUUCGUGCGACGCUGGAGUUCCCAAUGACGAUUCCCUGGAUGUCACUGUCGGUAGAUUAAAAACACAAACUGGUAACUCACGCCCGACUUGGACUCCUCAGCAGGAUUUAGGCGAAGAGUCCAGCAGCGAUGCUGGUGUUGAUUCUCCACCACCCAUGGCCCCCAGUGCUAAAUUUCCACCUCGAGCUCACGUAUUCUCGCUUUCUUUGCCGCGAGAUGACAAUCGGCACUGCGUUUAUACAGCGGAGAAGACCAAGGACCCCUCUUUUAAUUCUCUGCAGAAGAUAAAGCGGUCGUUUGGUCUCGGAGCUGGCGAAUUCGAUAAGAAACACCCUGGGGAAACGCUUGAUGACAAUUGGCUGCUGUCUACCAGUGCUCCUACUUCUUUGCAGCACAGCCAGGCGAAUCAAAUUAGAGAAGUCAACGGAGGAAUUAAUGGUUCCGGUUGGGACGGCAAUUACGCGGCUGAAGACUUUGAAGACGAGGCUCUAGAUGAGAUUGACGAGAAGGCAAACUUCCCAGUGGUGAUGAAGCCGCCUUCCUUUUCGUACCUCGCUUCUGGGGGACAUGUCAUGUAUUUACCGGCUUCUAACGACACCGAGCAUCGAACCCAGAGUCUCAAUUACAGAAAUUCUGUCGGAGAAAUUAGUGUAAAAAUGAACAAUAAUAUCAAUAAUAAUAUUAAUAUUAGCUCGAAGAAUUUAAAAUCAAAUGAGCCUGUUAAAAUUUGUAAUAAAAAUGGUUUUAUCAACGGAUUUGCUAAUGGGUUUACCAACGGAAUCAGCAAUGGAUUCAUCAGCAAAUUGGCGUAUGACAAGUCUAAAGAACUGGGAUUGCAUCGCGAAAGGUCCUUUACGGAUUUGGGAAACAAAAAUCGAAAAUAUCCUAACUUCUCAAAGUCUUGCGAGAAUAUUUCGGAGAUGAAGCAGCGAAGCUACUCCCCGGUCAACGGCAGUCCUGAAAGUCUUCAGAAUAAGAAGAUUAUUAAUGUUAAUAAUGAAAUGAAUAAUAAUAAUUGUACAAAAAUAUCGAUUAAGCCGAGUCCGAAGAGCAAGAGAUUCACAUUUCAAUCGACGGUGAGGCAAAUCGAGCGGCGAAGAUUGGCGGAAAAGCUGUCACGUGAAGCCGAGGCUAAAGAACGACAGAGGAAAAACCCAGACGGAGCGCCGUCCUCGUCGGCUUCCUCGCCAACUUCAGCACCACCCGGAAAGCUUGUGAACAAUCGCAAGGGCAGCGUGAGCAGCGACGAGUAUCAUCGUAAAAAAGAGUGCCGAGUUCAGCAGCAAAACCAGAAACAGGAACCCCGAGAGUACAAGGACUAUCGGCCGAAAUACUACGACUGGGCACCCAACAACGAGUCAUCCUCGCACCUUGAGGUCAAGCAGACUACGGUACAUCCUAAGAUUGUGUGUGACAUUCCUAAAAGCUCUCAUGUAUUCGUAGAUGCGAAUAUUCAUACGGGAAAACACGCCAAUUUAAAUUCAACGCCACGUUCAGAUAACUACAGGAAAGAUUUCGCACAUGGAGCGGUAGCUGCAAGAUCGUCUCUAGCCAGCAGCGAUAGUGAAUUAUCACAACCAAAUACCCGACCGCAUUCACGACAAAAUGGCAAUAAUAAAAAUAGCAAACCUGUUCGUACUAGGGACGAACCAACGACGAAAGAUCAAGAGGGCAAAGUCAGCGGAACAAUUGCGACGUUGACCAGGUCAGCAAGUCCGGCGAGAAGUUCUGAGAUAGCCAGUUCUGAAGAAGAGACACCUGUGGAACCAGUAAAUCACCAGCGGAAUUCAUCUAUCAAUGUCACUGCCAAUGGGUUUAUUAUUAAUGCCGUUCAGCCGUUUGUUAGAGAAAAAAAUUAUCGACCGAUAGCUUUUAAUCCUCAACCACCGCCGCCGAUUCCAACUUAA